AUGCAUCUUGCACAGCUGCGGCAGCCUUUGACGAGGGCUGCUGCCAACAGCUGCCACUCCGUCUGCCGGUUACCCACCACCCACUCCUCCGUCUCCGCGACAGCCCUUCUCUCCGAGCAGUUUGCCCACCUCCGCAUCGGCCCAACAAGUAGCAAUGUCGCCGUCGAGGGUCGCCGUUAUGCCAGUGUCAAGGCCCAGGGUGCUUACAAGCUGACGGCCAAGAAGACGAUUCCCAAGAAGCUCGGCGCAAAGAAGACGGGUGACCAGUACGUAAUCCCCGGCAACAUCAUCUACAAGCAGCGCGGUACACUAUGGCACCCCGGCGAGAACACCAUCAUGGGCCGUGACCACACCAUCCACGCCGCCGUCGCCGGCUACGUCAAGUACUACCGUGACCCCGCGCGCCACCCGGACCGUCAGUACAUCGGCGUCGUCUUCAACCGCAACGACAAGCUCCCCUACCGCCAGGACGCCCCGCGUAAGCGCAAGCUUGGUCUGGUCGCCGUGCCCCGCAAGGUCGAAGAUGUCGAGAAGCCCACCAUGUCUGCCUCCGGCCUGCCCCUCUGGGUUACCCGCACCGAGAGCAUCGAGAUCCCCCCACCAGCAGCCCCCGCCGCCGCCGCCGCUACCGCCGGGAAGGCAGUCAAGGGCAAGGGCGCCCGCGUAACAGCCUCCGGCGCCGCUGCCGUCCCCGCCUCCAGCAGCACCAUCUCCGCCACCUCGAACAACGGGGGUAACUCGGUCAUCGCCGAACUCAUCAAGGAGAAGCUCGCCGCCCGCGCCGAGUACAACGCCCGACAAUCGGCCCUGCGCAAGCUGCAGCAGCAAAAGAUGCUCGCCCGCCGCGGCACCCGCGUUCUCAGGUUGAUGAACAACUACAGCUACCGCGAGACCAACUGGGAGAUUGGUCGUCUGAUCGGCGACCCCGGCUCCGUGCCUGGUACUGAGAAGAUCGGCAGCAGGAAGGCCAAGUUCCGCGCGCGCAGGAGGAGAAGAAACACCUUCUUGCUCGGCAUCAAGGAGCGCAAGCUGGCCAAGGCCGACAGGCGCGAGGAGUACAGGAGACGUGUGCGCGAGAAGAGGGAGCAGCGGUUGGUGCAAAGGAAGGAGUUUUUGGCCAAGCAGAGUCAGGCCAAGAAGGCUAGGGAGACUAAGGAGGGUGGUGCUGCUCCUAAGGCUGAGGAUAAGAAGGAGAUGAAGGCUGAGAAGCCUGCUGCCCCCAAGGUUGAGGCUGCCCCUAAGAAGGUCGAGGAGAAGAAGGUUGAGAAGCCCAAGGCUCCUGAGGCCAAGAAGGAGAGCAAGCCUGCUGCCGCUGCUGAGAAGCCCAAGGCUGAGGAGAAGAAGAAGGACUCCAAGACCACCGACAAGAAGGAGUAA